AUGGCAUGGGCUUAUACCGGAUCUCGAUUAUGUCUUCGUUUCGCUACAACCCACCUUUGGAUGAUUCAACAGGCAUCGGCCCCCUACAUAGAUGGCCAGCUAGCAACCGCUGCGAAUCAAGCCAAAGAGAACCACCAUGUCGUCCACGUGGAGCAUUACAAGAAGGCUGGCGAGAACCCCUCGAUCGCAUACGCAUACGCUGACUCGUCGAAGCGAGGCGAGGUCGGUCUGGCCGGAUAUAAGACCGCUCUUAAUGCUUGGGCUUUCCACAGUCCUCAUGAGUUGGUGAUCCUCGCCAGGUGCCAUGCUUCCUGUUGGCUUCUUGUGACCACGUCGCCAGAGACCAGUCACUUCUCUCUGAAGCAGAGAAGACAGGCUGAUAGGACCAAGAGCAGACGUCAGGAUAUGUUCGUCAAAUUACGGACGCAAAAUGCGAAAGGGCGCGACGCCCAUCAGCCUGUGAGCGAGCCCGGACAUGUUCAAGAGCAAUGA